CGUUCGCCGUCGCUUUCAGCUAACACUCUUCUACCCUUUUUUUGUCGAUGGCAUGGUGCUAGUAGCCGCGGUAUGAACGGGGUUGUUACGGAAAAAAUCGCAACAUUUCAAGGCUAAUUAGGACAUUUGCUGAAAAAUUCUUGACGAUUUAUAUUUUCAGCAGCACAUGUCAGCCACCACAUUCACAAUAAUUCAACUCCCGGCCUCAGACUUUGAGGUUGACAAUUAUUCCCCAAGGUUAGGGAGCUAGCGCGCUAACGAUAGCCGAUUAAAGUAGUUAAGCUAACCGCAACUCGGCAGCCGCUUCAAGCCACCGCGUCUUUAUUUUCUCGAUCGCCAAGGAGACCCGCCACACACAAGAAAAUAGGGGAAUAAAAUGGCGGAAGCCGACAAGUUGAACAUCGACUCCAUUAUACAGCGCCUGCUCGAAGUGAAAGGAUCUCGCCCCGGUAAAAACGUCCAGCUGACAGAGAACGAGAUCCGCGGCCUCUGCCUGAAGUCCCGGGAGAUCUUCCUCAGCCAGCCCAUCCUGCUGGAGCUGGAGGCGCCCCUCAAGAUCUGCGGCGACGUCCACGGUCAGUACUACGAUCUGCUGAGGCUGUUUGAAUACGGCGGCUUCCCGCCAGAGAGCAACUACCUGUUCCUGGGCGACUACGUGGACAGAGGCAAGCAGUCGCUGGAGACCAUCUGCCUCCUCUUGGCCUACAAGAUCAAAUACCCAGAAAACUUUUUUCUGCUGAGGGGAAACCACGAGUGCGCCUCAAUUAACAGAAUAUAUGGCUUCUAUGACGAGUGUAAAAGGCGCUACAACAUAAAGCUGUGGAAGACCUUCACCGACUGCUUCAACUGCUUGCCCGUGGCGGCCAUCGUUGACGAGAAGAUCUUCUGUUGCCAUGGAGGCCUUUCCCCGGACCUCCAGUCCAUGGAGCAGGUGAGACGGGUCAUGCGUCCCACCGACGUGCCCGACCAGGGCCUCCUCUGCGACCUGCUGUGGGCCGACCCGGACAAAGACGUGCUGGGCUGGGGCGAGAACGACCGCGGCGUCUCCUUCACCUUCGGCGCAGACGUGGUCACCAAGUUCCUCCACAGACACGACAUGGACCUGAUCUGUCGAGCCCAUCAGGUGGUCGAGGACGGCUACGAGUUCUUUGCUAAAAGGCAGCUGGUGACGCUCUUCUCUGCCCCAAACUACUGCGGCGAGUUUGACAACGCAGGCGCCAUGAUGAGCGUAGACGAGACCCUCAUGUGUUCAUUCCAGAUCCUGAAACCGGCAGACAAGAAGCUGUUCUACGGCGGCGGAGGCGGCAUGGGCUCCGGCCGCCCCGUCACUCCCCCCAGGAAAGCUAAGAAAUGACAGCAGUAGUUUGCUUUUCGAACCUCCGGCCCAUCCCUCCUGCCCUCUCUACCUCUCUUCUCCUUUCUUUCACCAAACAGCCAGAAAUCAAACCUAUACCCAGGGCUUUCUUUUUCUUUUUUUUUUUUUUUUUCUUUCUUUCUUCCUUUUUUAAUCUGUACUUCUUAAAAAACAUUUAAUGUAAUGAAUUGUCUGAGUGGGUGCGUGCGUGCGCGGACUAUAAACUUGUCUCGUCUGCAGGUGAGCAUUAAAGUGGCAUGUACAUUUUUGCGGAAAUUAUUGAAAGGUUUAUACUUUUCCCCUCGCUCUGACCACGGCGAGCCCACAGGGUCGGUUUCUGCGGCAGUCAGACUGAAACAGCAGGGUUGCGGGAGACGGUGGCAGGUUGCUGUCACGGGCGGUUCUGGCAGCCACACUCUGCCUGCGGGUGCUGCGCAUACUUGUAGAGAGCAAGAGGGGGGAGGCGUGUUUUUUUUUUUUUUUUUGUUUUCCCUGUUUCUGUACUGUAAAAAUCUCAAAACACGGGUGUGUGCGUGGGUCUGCCGUGUCUUGCCCAGUUUGCUGUAAUGUCUCAUUAUCUCGAGAAACGAGGA